AUGGCAACAAAUACAUUUCGCCUGGCCCUUCUACAACUUGCUCCAACACUAAACAAGUCGGAAAACCUCCUAGCCACGAGUCUUAAAAUCAAGAAGGCUGCAACCAGCGGAUCCCACAUAGUAUGUCUUCCAGCUUCCUUCGGUUACCCCAUCGGCGGGCGAGGCUUUAAGGCGUCCGCUGAGACUAUUCCUGGUGAGACGAGCGAGAUGCUCUCCCAGUGCGCGAGGGAGAACGGCGUGUACCUUAUAGGCGGUUCCAUGACCGAAAUCGACAGUAAGGGUCGAAGAUACAACACCUGUCUUGUCUAUGGCCCCGACGGCAGUAUGGUCGCCAAGCACCGGAAGCUGCAUCUAGUCGACAUCAACAUUCCUGGAGUGAUGACUGUCCGUGAGGCAAGCCUAGUGUCGCCAGGGAACAAGCUGACCACCUUCGACACUCCGUUCUGCAAAGUCGGCGUUAGCUUGUGCUACGACAUCCGCUUCGCUCCCUUGACGCACAUCUACGUGCAACUCGGUUGCAAGCUCCUCGUGUUCCCUUCCGCGUUCAAUGUGAUAUCCGGUCCCCUCUACGCAGAGUUACUCCAGAGGUCCAGGGCGGUGGAUGGUCAGGUAUACGUGGCGUUGGCGUCACCUGCUAGAAGCGAACGUACGCCGUACGUCCCGUGGGGACACAGCAUGCUGGUCGAUCCUGUGGGGAAGGUGGUCCAGUCGGCGGGAACCGAGGAGGAAGUGCUGAUGAGCGAAGUGGACUUGGAUCACCUGUCAAAGGUGAGGAAGCAGAUGCCAAUCAUGAAGCACCACAGGAACGACCUCUACGAUGUGAUUAGUGCUCCAGGUUACCAGUUCAGUGGCCAUGGUGACGGUGAUUGCGGUACGACCUGA